UCAUCCUCUCAAAGCACGAUUUUUUCCCAUUGUAAUCUGAAAAAAAAUCAUUUCUUUAAAACUCUCAAAACAGUUUCUUUCUGGUGGCUGCUUAUUUUCACUUGCAUUUUCUUUUCUCUUCGUCCCCAUUUCCCCUUUCUCCAACUUCCGGCGGCCAUGUCUUUCAGAGGAGCGAACGCGUCAUCCGGAAUGGGGGUGUCUGAACACAGCAAGAGCACGUACCUGGAGCUGCAGAGGAAGAAGGUGUUCCGAUACGUGAUAUUUAAGAUCGACGAGAACAGAAAGGAGGUUGUAGUUGAAAAGACUGGUGGUCCAUCCGAGGGCUAUGAUGAUUUCACCGACUCAUUGCCUGAGGCUGAUUGCCGCUACGCGGUUUUUGACUUCGAUUUCGUGACUUCCGAGAACUGCCAGAAGAGCAAGAUCUUCUUUAUUGCAUGGUCUCCUUCUGUUUCGAGGAUCCGUUCCAAGAUGCUCUACGCGACAUCCAAGGAUAGGUUCAGAAGGGAACUGCAGGGCAUUCAUUAUGAAAUCCAGGCAACUGACCCCACCGAGAUGGAUCUCGAGGUGAUCAGGGAGCGUGUACGUUAAGUGUCAAACCCCAUCACUGAUUUCGCUUGCUUAGAAAACUCCCAUGCUUAAGUUGGUUACUAAGUGUAGCUAUCUAUCAGUAUCACAAUACACAGAUAUUAUCGUUGUUAAAAUAAAACCUGAGAAGGCUGAUUUCAAGCUCCGGGGUUCGGAA